GCAGAUUUUGACGGUAUUUGGAGGCUUAGGUUGACAUACUAUCGCUUAGAUGAGCUGUAGCUGGUAAUGUCAGCUCAAGACAGUCUUUACUGCCAACAAGGGGAGUGUUCAACUCAGCGAGUCCAUAUCUGCUGAUAUCUCGUUGUGUUUUAAAAGAGAAUAGAGCCGCAUCUGAGGUUUUACUUGUUGUUUCUUGAUGGGGACUAAUGUUAGCCUGUAGCUAAUGUUAGCUACCAAACAUCAACAGGAAGCAACGGGCUAGCUAUAUUCCAAUGUCUUGCAGUUUGAGUUCUCCAGGCAUGAACUGUACCUUACAGAAGGUCUUGGCAGAUGCCAGAUCAUUAGUGGAAAGGCUUCGUAACCAUGACAACGCUGCUGAGAUGUUAAUUGAACAGACAACAUCCCUCAACAAGCGAGUGGAGGCCAUGAAGCAGUACCAGGAGGAGAUUGAUUCACUGAACCAGGUUGCACGACAUCGGCCUCGUUCCAGUCUGGUCCUUGGAAUCCAGCAGGAAAACCGUCAGAUCAGAGAACUCCAGCAGGAAAACAAAGAGCUAAGGACAUCGUUGGAGGAACACCAGUCUGCAUUAGAGCUCAUCAUGACCAAGUACAGGGAGCAGGUGUUCAGGCUCCUCAUGGCCAGCAAGAGGGAUGAUCCUGCCAUUGUGACCCAGCUGAAAGAGCAGCACACCACGGAAAUGCAGGCGCAUAUAGACAAGAUCAAUGAGAUGGCCACUGUGAUGAGGAAGGCGAUAGAGGUGGAUGAGGGGCGGAUAUGUGAGGAUGAGGAGAGGAUUAAACAGCUAGAGCUGGAGAACAGUGGGCUUCGAGAGCUGCUGGGAAUCAGUCGCGAGGCUUUCCUGGUCCUAAAGAGAGAAGAUGCAUCAGAGAGCACGUCGCUGUCGCCAUUGCUGACCAGUGCUGACGUCAGCUUACGAAAAAGUUAGAGCCAAGGUCACUGUCUGGCCCCUUCCCCCCCAACUGCUGCCACUAUUGUGUACAGUCUGUACAGUCUGUUGCCACAAACCACUUCACCUUUCGCCCUAAAGACUCUUCCAAUGAUCCUCCCCGUUCUCCAGGUGUAUUUACAGCAUGAUGCUACAUGAGUUCCAUCCAUGUCUGGUGAUUCAGACACAAGCAGUGUGCACACAUUUUUUUCAUUUAUUUCUUUUUUUUUCUGUUGGUACUUAUGUUUGCUAAUUUUGCCAGCAUGCAUGAACCUGUGGUGCCUGCAAGGAUUUUAAGUGUGAAUGAGUAAAAGAAGGGCUUGAGUUAAAAUAAAUCAGUGAACAU